GUCAAUGGCAUUACUUGGAUUUUCUGUAGAAAAAAGACCUCACCAUCAAAAUCAAACAUUAUCAGAUAUCAUUUAUUACACACUCCAAUCCAAAUAAUUGAAGAGAUUGAAAUCAAUGGAAUGGAGAAAAACAACAACCACUUGAGAAGAGUUUCACACUUUUCACAGCAUCUUCUCAUCUGGGCCAGUUGAAAAACAGAGUUUCAUGCAGAGUUUCAAUCUUUUUUGAGAGUGAUGGAGUCGAAGGCUCUACGUUUCAUAACCCACCAAUCAAUUUUCUCCAUAGUUGGAUCUGGGGACUUUGAUGGGUUGAAGAAAGUGGUGGAGCAGCUGAAAAACGACGAUGGUGGUGGUGAUGGGUCAUCAUCAUCAUCAUCAUCAUCGUCGCUUUCUGAAGUGAUGUCCCUUCAGAACGAUGCUGGAGAGACCGCACUUUACAUCGCUGCAGAGCGUAAUCUGAAGGAGGUGUUCAGCUUCUUGCUCAAGUUGUGUGACUAUGAGGUUGUUAAGAUUCGGUCCAGGUCUGAUAUGAACGCGUUUCAUGUUGCAGCCAAGCGUGGCCAUCUGGAUAUCGUGAGGGAGCUUUUGAGUACUUGGCCUGAGGUUUGUAAGCUAUGUGAUUCCACGAACACAAGCCCUCUAUAUGCUGCUGCAGGUCAAGACCACUUGGAUGUGGUGAAUGCUAUUUUGGAUGUUGAUGUCAGUUCCAUGUUUAUAGUUAGGAAAAAUGGCAAAACUUCAUUACACAAUGCUGCUAGGUAUGAUGUCCUUCGUAUAGUGAAAGCACUUAUUGCCCGGGAUCCUGGAAUAGUUUGCAUCAAAGAUAAAAAGGGUCAAACUGCACUGCACAUGGCUGUCAAAGGACAGAGUACAUUAGUGGUGGAGGAGAUUUUACUAGCUGAUCCUACUAUAUUGAAUGAACGAGAUAAGAAGGGUAAUACAGCUCUUCACAUGGCGACAAGGAAAGGCCGUUCACAGAUAGUGAACCUUUUGCUAAUCUAUACAGCUACGGACAUUAAUGCCAUCAAUAAGCAACAAGAAACAGCCUUGGAUUUGGCAGAUAAACUUCCAUAUGGAGAUUCAGCUUUAGAAAUCAAGGAAGCCCUUUCAGAAUAUGGUGCUAAGUAUGCCAGGCAUGUUGGCAAAGUAGAUGAAGCCAUGGAACUUAAAAGAACAGUGAGUGAUAUAAAGCAUGAGGUGCAGUCACAGCUUAUACAAAAUGAAAAAACUCGCAAACGAGUCUCCGGCAUCGCUAAAGAACUGAAGAAACUUCACAGAGAAGCAGUUCAAAACACCAUUAAUUCCGUCACAGUUGUUGCUGUCCUUUUUGCCUCUAUAGCAUUCUUGGCUAUAUUCAAUUUGCCUGGUCAAUAUAUAAUGACAGGAUCAGAGACAGGGAAGGCGAAUAUAGCGGAUCAUGUUGGAUUCCAAGUUUUUUGCUUCUUGAAUUCAACAUCCCUCUUCAUUUCUCUUGCAGUUGUUGUGGUUCAGAUCACUUUGGUAGCAUGGGACACUAGAGCCCAAAAGCAGAUUGUGUCAGUGGUUAACAAGCUCAUGUGGGCUGCAUGUGCUUGCACUUGUGGUGCUUUUCUUGCAGUAGCUUUUGAAGUUGUUGGAAAGAAAACAUGGAUGGCUAUUACCAUCACCAUUUUGGGAGUGCCAAUUCUUUUGGGGACUCUAGCAAUCUUGUGCUACUUUGUGUUUCGCCAACAUUUUGGGAUUUUUCGCAGCGAUUCGCAGAGGCGGAUCAAGAGAGCAAGUGGAAGCAAAUCUUUCUCAUGGUCUUACUCUGCACAUAUCUCAGAUUUGGAUGAUGAAUAUAAUUCUGACAUUGAGAAGAUCUAUGCUCUAUGAGGUAUAAACCAAGAAUCAAAUGUUACCCAAAGAACACUGUUUCAACUUUUUGACUGAGGCUGGUAUCCCACUGCUGAGGUUUCAAGUGACUAUUCAGAUGUUUGCCCACUGGGAUAUAGAUCAUUCAUCUUGAGUUUGUAGUUUAAAGUUUCAGUUAGAGUUUGCAUUUGCUAAUGUCUGAGAUUAUGAUUACUAAUCAGCACUUGUAGAUGUAUGUAUAUGUGAAAAAAAUAAAAAUAGAAAUGAGUUCCACUGCUAAA